AUGCCAUUGUUUUUAUCGAAUAGUGCAAAUUUGAACACUAAUGCAUUAGCGAAUAAAUUUCAUCAUCUUGAUCGAAUAGAAAAAGAACGAUGUCGUCAAGCAACCAAGAAUUCCAAUGAUCCAUUCAGUAUGUCAAUUGCAAUCAAUAGAGCAUCAAUUAACUAUAAUAGGUAUAGUGACAUUAUACCGUUUAAUUACAAUAGGAUAAAGUUAUUGCAACAAAGACCAAAUAAGACGGACUAUAUUAACGCAAGUUAUAUUGAAGCGCCAAAUAAUGUUAGAAGGUAUAUCGCAACUCAAGGACCAUUGAAAGAGACCAUUGAAGAUUUUUGGUUAAUGAUUUGGGAACAGGAAACUCAUAUAAUCGUAAUGUUAACAAAUCAAAUUGAGAGAGGAGAAAUUAAAUGUGAAACCUAUUGGCCUAAAGAAAUUGGAAAUUAUACGAUGUUUAAAGACAUUGGAUUAAAAGUUACAUUGAAAUCCGAGAUAUUGGAUUCAAAAGCAACUUGUUAUGAAAGGACUUUUAAACUUGAAAAAUUACGAGGAAGAGACAUAAUCACAGAAUCAAGACAGAUCACUCAAUUACAAACCAUUGCAUGGCCGGAUCACGGAGUUCCUGAUUCACCUGAUCCUAUUAAUAAUUUAAUUAUUAAGAUGAACGAGCGUAUGCAACAUUGUAAUCGAAAUUCUGGGCCCAUCGUGGUACAUUGCAGCGCAGGAUGUGGUAGAACUGGUACUUUUUGCACGGUAGAUUCUACUUUGGCUCUAUUGCCUGGUUUACAACAGAAUGAUUCUACCGAUUUGAUUUUUAACGUUGUUCAACACUUUAGACAACAACGUAUUUCGAUGGUACAAAAUUUGGCUCAAUAUCAAUUUUGUUAUUUGACUGUCCUUAGUAAACUUGUAUCGGAUUGUGAAUAUUAA